UGUGCUCAGCGCCUUCAUGAAAUAAGUGGAACACUUGCACAUGGAGACAGAGAGUGAAUCUACCUUGCCUGUAAAUGGUUUGGAGGACACGAACAAUAGGCAAAAGUCACCUUGCACAAUUCAUGAAACAUCUUCAUCUGAAACUUCUUCUGACAGUGAACCUGAAAAAAUCGAAAGACCUGUAAUUCGGAAACCCAAACCCCCAGUCUUUUCAGUUCCAUCUGAUUACAUUUUGAAGUCAGUAGCAGAUUUGACAGCAGAUGUGAAGACUUCAUUACUUGGAAAGGUUUCUCAAGUUUUCGAUGAUUGUGUUGUAGUUCGUUCUGUCAGUUCAGCAGUUAUAUUGGAUGAGGGAUCUGCACUUUUUCUGGACGAUGGAAGGCAUUUGGGAGAGAUUUAUGAAACAUUUGGUCCUGUCCGUGCCCCAUUUUAUCUUGUGGUUCUUUCCGAAUCAUUCUGUAUACGUCCCCAAAGACCGAAUAAACCUAUCACUGCCACAAUUGAUUUAACUACUACGAUGCUGACUGAGUGUUCUGAAGAAGUAGUGACAGAGAAUAAAGAGGUGGAUUCCCCUGAAGUUCCAGUUGAGAUAACUACCAAUAAUUUGGAUUCAGUGGAUAAUGAACACGGUCAAAACGAUAGUGUAAAUGAGAUUUGUCAAAUUGUUUCGUCUUCCGCUAACAGUGAUACUUCUAAUGAUAAUGAAGAAAAGAAAAAUGCUAAUCAGUCCUUGAAAGAGAUGUCUGUGUUUUAUGCACCUGAUAUGCCUGAACUUACUCUUCCAGUUUUUUAUAACAAAUUAGUUGCAAAUAAUACUAAAGGAUCUGAUGCAUCAUGGGUAGGAGAUAUAGAGCCUCCGCCAGAAGCUCUUGAUUUUUCUGAUGAUGAACAAGAAAAGCAGCAUAAACGCAAAUUAAAAAUGAAGCACUCAGCACCGACAUCAGUAGAACCAUCAAGUUCAGUUCAAAAGCAUAUAAACCGAUCGAAAAAUUUGGAUAAUAAACGUGGCAGAUCCUCGUUAGAUGCAAAAAGACAUCACACACCGUCGUCAAGCUUUCAUCAAACACGUGCACCCUGUGAUUAUCCAUCUCAGCAACAACAACAACAGAUUCAACAAGUUUAUAACUUCCCACCAUCUUUACAGCCAUAUCCAGCAACUCAGUGGAAUGUCUAUCCCAACAUGCAUCCUCCGUGGCAUAAUACAACAUAUGGAGCAACUCCUGUAAUGCAAAGUCCAUAUUUCAAUACACCACAAACACUUCCUCAGCAGUACCCAUUUCCAUAUAAUACGCCCACAAGACCACCGUAUCAACGCAAUCCUUGGCAACCGUAUGCACCGUCGUGAUAAAACUUUUUAUUCUAAUGUUUGAUGGCAGAGUGUUUUUAUAUGCAUAAAGAUGUAUUUAUCACGGAUGAUUUUUCUUUUGUCUUCUUUUUACGUAUCAUCUAAGUAGAUGUAGUAAAGAUACGAUAUAUAAUCAUACUAUUUUCCUUAUUUCAAAAUGGAUGAACAUGUAACUCAUGGGACGCACACAAACAAGUGCCACUUCUUUACAAGAUUUGACUUUGUAAUUAUCCGUUGGUGUUAAGUAAAACAAUGGAAGGCAG